GCCGCGCGGCGUUCGCAUCUGCCUGUUACGUAACAGAGCCUCGCUUAUCAGAGCAGGAUAAUAAAAGCACAUUCGUGCACAUCAGCCCCGCUUCCCCUCAGAACUGGAUUGAAGGAGCUGCAGUUGUAUUUCUGCGUCCAAACAAAAUAACCAGGGUCAACGAUGAAGAUCGCUGUGAUUGGUCAGAGUCUGUUUGGGAAAGAGGUCUAUAAGGAGCUGAGGAAGGACGGCCACACCAUCGUUGGAGUUUUCACCAUCCCUGACAAGGAUGGCAAGGCUGACCCGUUGGCCACAGAGGCAGAGAAAGAUGGCGUUCCUGUGUUCAAGCUCUCCCGCUGGCGGGUGAAGGGUCAGGCCCUUCCUGAGGUGGUGUCUCAGUACAAGGCCACAGGUCCAGAGCUCAACGUUCUGCCUUUCUGCUCCCAGUUCAUCCCCAUGGAGGUCAUUGACCACCCGAAACACGGCUCCAUCAUCUACCAUCCCUCCCUGCUGCCUCGCCAUAGAGGAGCUUCAGCCAUCAACUGGACCCUCAUCCACGGAGACAAAAAGGGGGGCUUCACCGUGUUCUGGGCGGACGAUGGACUGGACACCGGGCCGAUCCUGCUGCAGAGGGAGUGUGAUGUGGAGCCCAACGACACUGUCAACACAAUCUACAAGAGGUUUCUCUUCCCCGAGGGAGUCAAGGGCACAGUGGAAGCUGUCAGACUGAUUUCCGAGGGAAAGGCCCCGAGGAUUACCCAACCUGAAGAGGGCGCCACAUACGAAUGCAUCCAGAAGAAAGAAAACUCAAAGAUCGACUGGAACCAGUCUGCAGAGGCGAUUCAUAACUGGAUUAGAGGAAAUGACAAAGUUCCGGGGGCCUGGGCCGAGGUGGAGGGCCAGAAAGUGACUUUUUACGGCUCCACUCUGAUUGAUAACGGCGCCACAGCGAACGGUCGGCCGCUGGAGAUCUUUGGCGCCAGCCGGCCAGGCGUGGUCACCAAAGCAGGCCUGGUGCUGUUUGGUAUCGACGGUGGGGCGCUGCUGGUGAAGAAUUUGCAGUUCGAGGAUGGGAAGAUGAUCGCAGCCUCGCAGUACUUCAGCGCUGGUGCCAGCGCCGCUGUGGUGCUGACAGAGGAGGAGAAAACCUUUGCAGAGCAGAUGAGGGCUGUUUGGCAGAGCAUCCUGAGUAAUGUGAGCCAGAUCGAAGACGCCACAGAUUUCUUCAAGAGCGGUGCUGCUUCAAUGGACGUAGUCAGGCUGGUGGAGGAGGUGAAGCUCCGAGCCAGCAGCUGUCAGCUGCAGAACGAGGACGUCUACAUGAAUACCACCUUCCAAGAUUUUAUCCAAAUGUGCGUCAGGAAACUCCGAGGCGAGGACGACGAAGAGGAGCUCAUCGUGGAUUAUGUGGAAAAGAACAUCAACAACAUGACUGUAAAGAUGCCUCAUCAGCUUUUUAUAAACGGAGAGUUUGUUGAUGCUGAAGGGGGAAAAACCUACAAGACCAUCAACCCCAACGAUGGCACGGCGAUCUGUGACGUGUCCUUGGCCCAGAUAAGUGAUGUGGACAGAGCAGUGGCUUCUGCCAAAGAGGCCUUUGAGGAGCAGGAAUGGGGCAAGAUGAACCCCAGAGACAGAGGCAGACUCCUCUACAAGCUGGCUGAUCUGAUGGAGCAGCACCAGGAGGAGCUCGCAACCAUUGAAGCCAUCGAUUCUGGAGCCGUUUACACUCUGGCUCUCAAAACUCACGUUGGCAUGUCUAUCCAGACCUUCCGCUACUUUGCUGGCUGGUGUGACAAGAUCCAAGGCAGCACCAUCCCCAUCAACCAGGCUCGGCCCAACCGUAACCUGUGUUUCACCAGGAAGGAGCCCAUCGGAGUGUGUGCUAUUGUGAUUCCUUGGAAUUAUCCCCUGAUGAUGCUGGCCUGGAAAACUGCCGCCUGCCUGGCAGCUGGGAACACGGUCGUUCUCAAACCUGCACAGGUGACUCCACUCACAGCUCUUAAGUUUGCCGAAUUGGCAUCGAGAGCGGGGCUGCCUAAAGGAGUGAUCAACAUCCUGCCUGGAUCAGGGUCUCUGGUUGGCCAGCGCCUGUCGGACCAUCCGGACGUCCGUAAACUGGGAUUCACAGGUUCCACUGAGAUUGGUAAACAAAUCAUGAAGAGCUGUGCAGUUAGCAAUCUCAAGAAAGUGUCUUUGGAGCUCGGAGGAAAAUCGCCACUCAUCAUCUUUGCAGACUGUGACAUGGACAAGGCUGUGCGCAUGGGCAUGGGGUCAGUGUUCUUCAACAAAGGAGAGAACUGCAUUGCUGCUGGACGACUCUUUGUGGAAGAAUCCAUUCAUGACCAGUUUGUUAAAAAAGUGGUUGAGGAAGUGAAGAAGAUGAAGAUUGGAGACCCACUGGAUCGUUCUACAGACCAUGGCCCCCAGAACCACAAAGCCCACCUGGAUAAGUUAGUGGAGUUCUGUCAUUUUGGUGUGAAGGAGGGAGCUGUGCUGGUUUGUGGGGGGCAUGCUCUUCAGCGACCAGGAUUCUUCUUUGAGCCGACUGUUUUCACUGAUGUCCAAGACCACAUGUACAUCGCGAAAGAAGAGUCUUUUGGACCAGUCAUGAUCAUUUCCAAGUUUAAAAGCGGGGAGAUUGAUGAGGUCCUGAGGAGAGCCAAUGCCACAGAAUACGGUCUGGCCUCUGGUGUUUUCACACGGGACAUCAGUAAAGCUCUGUAUGUUAGUGAGAGGCUCAAUGCUGGGACGGUUUUUGUGAACACCUACAACAAGACUGACGUGGCUGCACCCUUUGGAGGAUUCAAGCAGUCUGGAUUUGGCAAAGACCUUGGACAAGAAGCCCUGAAUGAAUACCUGAAAACAAAAGCUGUGACCAUUGAAUAUUAAAUCGUGCAGCACACUAGUGGAUAAAAACGGGACUCAAAAAGGAUCAUGCAGAUUAACUGAUAUGAUCAUAAUCCUUUGUCUUAACAUGAUGACUGAUUGCAUUAUUUUGUUAAUAUCCUAAACAUUAUCUGAUAAUUGUUAGUUCUUUUGAUGUACACAUGAUAACCUAAAUUCACAUUUGAUUUAAUUUACUGGAUUUCUUUUAACACAAAUACUGACAUUCGGUUUUAUAGAAUUUAUACAAACACAACUGAAUCUUCCCCUUUAAACAGAUCCAGUCUAUACUGGACAUUAAAUGUUUGUUUGUUAGUUUGUUCAUUUUGUCAUGGUUAAAAAAACCUUUACAAGGAAAAAUUUGAUUAAUAUGUAAAAAAACACAUACCUAUAUUAAAAAAUCAAAUUUGAUUUGAAUCUGAAAAGUAAGCAUCUCAACACGGAGUGCCAGCUAUCCCAGUUUAUUGUAUUGUACAUUUUUUAUUGUAUUUUCAAAUAUUGACUGUAAAAUAUUCUAGAAGCCAUGAAGAUUUUAUUAAAAUGACUUUUCAAGAUCACUUUCUAUAUUAAAUAAAAAGGAAUAUUAAAACAGUAACUUCACUCUAUUGCACAUUGAUUUUUGUGUGAAAGUUUUUGAGCUAGUCAGAAUUAUCAACAAAGCUAAGUAAUAUUAAUAAACAAAAUGUUAAAAAAGGGAAGACCUAUAAACAUGGUGGACAUUUUACAUCAGUAAAUAAGAAGACAGACAAGUUUACGUGCAUCCAGAAACGGUUAUUUGAUCAUUUGUACUCUUUGUUCAUUCGACGCGUAAAAGACGCGUGACGUGAUUUUGACCCUAAUGGCUUUCCAUACAUGAGAUAUGGGAAGAGAACGCUUCAUACACACAGCGUCCGUGGAUGAAGGUUCCUGUCUGCAGGGGAGGUGCGGAGGAAGACGGAUUCGUGGAGGGUUCUAACGAGUCCAGGUUGGUUCGGUUCGUGGGUUUUUGCCAGACAUUUGACUGAGGCAGGUAGAGCGGCUCUUCUUGUCUAUUUAUUUAGCAGCUGUUCGGCGUGUUUGUGAUGGAACUCGGAUACGUGUCUCGCUGCUGUAUUCAUUACAGACAGCGUUAUAAUUGGUGUGAACAUUAAGCACUCGUGUUAUGAAAUAUUUUUCUGAGAUAGGCGGCCUAAAUGUUAUUUUUGUGUAAAGGUGAAGACGGUAAUCACGACGAAAGUCUCCUCCGCCGCACAACCCGCCCCAGUCAGAAAAAUAACCCUGUUAUGAGACCACACAGAAGAAAGCAUGGGGCCAACUCCACCACUGCCACAUGUGCUGUUCCCCACAGCAGUGCUCAUGAAACCUCAGCACCUCAUGUACCCCCCCGGGUAAAAGAGCGCCCGGAGCCGAGGGUGCGAUCAGCUGCUCAGCACUGCGGACACACAGCAGCCUUCUCCUGCAGCUGCCCGUCUGAUUCCGAUCUGCCUGAGUGCCGCUUGUCCAGGCAGGCUGGAGGCCUGAGCAUCCACGAUCAGGAGGACAGUGACACAGACUUGUCUGAGGCUGAAAAACAUCCCGUUUCACCCUGCAGGCGAGUCCCACCACAACUUGAGCUCAGGCCAGAGGUCAUAAAGGAUGGCGAGUCCUCCCUCCAGAUCCACAGAUCCAAAAGACGUGGAGCAUUUGAAUUCCCAGACUUCCUCCCUCCACCUUUAAACUCUUGGAGUCUGAGCCAGCUGGCUGUUUUCUACAAAACGGAGGACAAAGCAGCGUCCCGGCCGAGGCCCGUGGGCCCUCUGGAGCGAUACCUGGAGAGGCUGCUGCAGCUGGAGUGGCAUCAGAUGCAGACUGUUCAAGAGGAGCGCGGCGAGUCGGCGGCGCCAGAGUCUACAUCCACCUGUUACCGGGCACCAACAGCUGCCUCGUCUCGCCUCAGCUCUCCAAAGUGCAUCCUUCAGUGUCAGCGUGCCUUCCUCCUCACUUUCCUCUCAUCUCUGGGCGGUCACCCCGGCCUGCUGUCCGGCUGCGCCUGUCCUGUCUGCCAGAGCAAAUAUUCCAGCUGCACUGCCUCCUGCUGCCGCUCCUAUCACAGCCGUCCGUCCAGAGUUACCUCCAUGCUGGAGCGCAGCCUCAGAUCCUCAUCUUUUGCCAAAAGGAGUUGCAGUGAGAGCCGCCCCACUUCUUCAGACAGGAGCUGUGGAGCUCCCCGGCUCAGCAGCCCCGUGAGAACCAGCAGCUACAUGAAGAGAAUGCAAGCUUCAGGAAACCUCCGAAACCCCAAUCAAGGUGCUACAACUCGAUCUCAUUCCACUGCCAGGGACACUGCCGACAGCUCCGGAAGGGGGUCUGUGUUAGACUGCAAGAUGGGAGUUUUAUGGAGGAGCACAGACUCAGAGCAGAGAAGAGACGGAGCGGAUCGACCUCCAAACAGAUCAGAGGAGAGGCGGAGCUUUUCUGAGUGCAGGAAAACCGGAGGUGAGCGGUCCAGAGCAACCGGCUCAAGGAAGCAGCAAACAAAAGCAGAUUCUACUACUGCCAACACAAAACCCAAAUCCAGACGCUCCCAAACCUGCAAGCCCAACAGAACCAGACAAGUGGAGUUUGUCACAUAAAAUGACUGCACCUUAAAGAGCAGAAUGUACAAUUACAAUCAUUUUUUCUUUGUUUGAAGAACUUUUUGGGCAAUAAUUAUUUAUUAUGAUUAGAUACUGGAGAUGAUUUUUUUCAGUUUUUGAUAUCAGCUGUCUGUAAAUGUAAUUUUAUGAAUGUUUUGAAACUGUUUCAGGGAAAAAUGUUUCAUUAUGUUUACAUGUGAAGAAACAUGGACAAUUCUAUAUGUUGUUGACAAAAUAAAUCUUUAAAUCUUUGUA